AUGUCGCCGGAUCUCUCGCCGUGCUCGCCCUCGACCUCGGCUGCCCCCGUCACCAAGCGCAUCUCCAAGGCGUGCGAGCCCUGUCGAGCCCGCAGAACUCGCUGCGACGGCGACCAGCCGUGCAAAAAGUGCGUCGCGGCGGGCGGCCUCGCGUGUUCGUACCGCACAAAGGCGCGGCCGAUGCGCCGAGCGCGCCUCGUCCGCCCCUUCUCGCUGGCCCAGUCGAGCGGCACCGGUGCGGCAGACGGCGACGGAGCGCUGCAGGGCAUGAGGACGAUCGAGGCUUGCUUGGAGCGCCAGUACGAGGAAAGGACGGGCACCCCGAUCUCGCUCAACCUCCCCGACGUCGACACGCACCCUGCGCUCGCCCUCGACACGCCCCUCCCGCUCCUGCCGACCGUCUCGGACCCGAUCCUCGCCGCCCUGUGCCAGACGUUCGUCCGCGAGGUCCUCGGCAUGUUCUCGUCCCUGUCGGCCGACCGCCUGUACCAGCUCGAGCAGCGCCGGCGUGACCUCCCGAGCACUGUCACGCCCGACCAGCGCGCCCUCCUGUACGCCGUCUACGCCAUGGGCUACCUCCGCCAGGCCUCGACGCUUCGAGCGACAGACGACACGCUCCCCGUCCCGAUCGACCCGACCCUGGCGCGCAUCGACGUCGCCUACUUUCGCCACGCCCUCGACCUGGUCCAGAUCCCGGCGAGCCCGACCGCGCUCGAGGCGCUCAACGUCCUCCUCCUGCUCGCGCUCUCGACCGCCUCGAUCCGCACGACGCGCCAGGUCAUGUCCAAGCUCUGCUACGGCGUCCAGGAGCUCGGCCUCCACAAGCAGGCGACCGCCGAGGCGUACCCGGCCGAGUACAGCACGUCGUCGAUCCUGUUCAUGAUCGUGUGGAACGACACGUACCUCGCCGGCCUGACGGGGCACGCGCCGUUCCUGCGCGACGUCGACAUGGCGCUCCUCACCGACGCGCCCGACAGCGGCGGCAUCGUCGCGCCGGGCAUGGCGCAGCUCGUCAAGCAGGAGGCCGACCUGUUGCGCGAGGCGCACGCCCACCCGGCCAGGCCGCGCACCGACGCGCCGUUCGUCCUCGCACACGACGCGAGGCUGUUUGCGUUCCUCAAGCAGUUCGGCAGCUCGACCGACGACUACCAGAACAUGGCCAACCGGUUCACUCAGACCCACUACCACUUUCUCCGCCUCCUCGUCCGCGCGCCUUCCUCGACCGACCCCGUCCUCGGCCCCUCGUCGCUCUCGAUCCUCUCGCGCUCGGCGAUGCACCUCCUGCGACACUACGAGCAGACGUUCCGCCAGACUCGGUACAACAACGUCGUGUGGCCCGUCCUCGUGCGUGUCGUCGGCGCCGGGCACGCCGUCCUCCAGGCCCUGUGGCACGGCGAGAUCGUCCGCGUCGAGGCCGAGGAGGCCAUGGCCAAGGUCAUGUGGCUCGUCGACAAGCUGCGUGUCAGGUGGGACGUUGCGGCGGCGCAGGCGGCGGCCAACUUUGCGGCCCUGUGCGCCGCUCUCGAACUCGACGUGCCCUCGCUCGCCACCCCGGCUACGACCCCCUUCGAGCUUCCCCUCCCUCCUCCUCUCGCACCCGCACCACCACCAGCUCCCGCACCCGCACCCGGUCCGACGCCUUCAGCCGCGCCAGCACCUUCAGCAGCACUCCCUGUCUUUCACGCCGCCGACCUGCCGCCUCUCCCGCCGCCGCCGCAUCUUGCGCACGGUCCCUCCCUCGACUCGGCGCCCGUCGCGCCCUCAAUCGGCCACACCUCGGUGUUCGACCUCGACCUCGAGCACGGCGGCUCGAGCACCUCGCCGCUCGUGUCGGGCCUGACGCCGUCGGUCGUCGGCUCGGGCGCACUCGAGCUAGAGCUCGACGAGCGUGGAGCGGCGGGAGCAGGAGGAGCUGGGGGAGGGUUCGGCGAGAUGCCCGACUUUUGGGGCGCGGCAGGGCUCGCGGGCGAGUUGGGAGGAGUGGACGAGGGUGCGCUCGGCGGGGCCUGGUGGAUGGCGUAG